AUGAAGCUUGCAGGGUUGAAAUCGAUCGAAAAUGCUCAUGAAGAAUCAGUAUGGGCUGUCACCUGGGUUCCUGCAACUGAUGCCCGGCCUGCUCUUCUGCUCACUGGCUCCCUCGACGAGACUGUGAAGUUAUGGCGACCAGACGAGCUCGUCCUGGAGGGUACUAAUACAGGGCACUGCCUCGGCGUGGUCUCGGUUGCUGCCCAUCCUUCCGGUGUUAUCGCAGCUUCUGCUUCUCUCGAUAGCUUUGUUCGGGUUUUCGAUGUCGAUACGAACGCCACAAUUGCCACUCUCGAAGCUCCACCAUCAGAAGUCUGGCAAAUGAAGUUUGAUCCUAAGGUUAAUAACCUUCACCUUUCCUAUGCUUACUUCGUAAUCCCAGCUUCUCACGGGUACUGCAAUUCUGGUUUCCACUUAUCUGCAUUGAUUAAGUCGUUAGCCCAAACUAGAUUGUUCAUCAUUGUGGUUGGGGCCUUGGAGGAUAAUUCCAAAGUCAUGAUUAAAUGGAUGAAAGAGGGAGGAGAGGGAUUUUUGCCUCAAGAGCGAAUCUGGAAGGAUUUUAUGGGAACAGUAACUGUGGGGUAG